AUGUCUCGCAACGGUUCUGAUGUCUACCUGUCUUAUUCGGCCGGGAAGAACGGCCAACCUGCCGAAAACGGUCCACGUGCUCGUAAACCGAAUACCUCUUUGGAUCAAGAAGGAAUCUCUCUUGAACGCAUCCGUGAACUCAGAAAGCGGAGAGGAGGAGUGUUGUCUUCGUUAACGUCCAAGCGUCGAGAGAUCGAUAGUCUUUUAACGGAUGAAAAUAAUUUGGGGACGGUGAAAGUAAAGCUGUCGGAAAUCACGUCGCUAUUUCGAAGAUUUACCGAGGCUCAUGACGCGUAUAAUGUAGCUCUGUUUGAGGAAAGUCAGAGACAAGAAUCAGACCUCUAUUUCGCCGACAUUGAAAGCAGUUUAGAUUUUUUCUGCCGUACGGUCAAUGAUUGGUUACGUGUCACGGAAGCCAGGCUUCAAGAUAACCUGAUAACGCCUGACGACAGCGCUUCUCAAAUUGGGUCCGAGGUUCGUAGCAAGUCUAGACCAUCCAUGUGUGGAUCGAGAACGAGUCACUUUUCUAAAACGAGCUCCAUAUCUGCUGCAAGAGCCAAAGAGGCAGCUCGCAUCGCGGAACUUCGAGCGGAGGCACACGCUUUGAAACACCGCCAUUCGCUUCAGGAAUCGGAGCUACGCCUCAAGAGGCAAGAGUACGACCUGCAGUUGAAGAAAGAUGAAUUAAACCUCAAAACUGAGUACGCUAAAGCGGUGGCUAGAGAAGAAGCUUACGCUCAAGCUGAAGCGGGUAAUUUCGCGCCUAGCAACGUGGCCUCUUGGAAUCCUCGUUGUCCCGUUUCAGUCGUAUCCUCCAUCACUGAAAAGUCAAGGACUGGUGGUUCAAAACGUGAGUCAUUUGUACCUGCCGAUAAGAAAGAGAAAUUGUCUGUGAAGUCAAGUAACCCGGUUAAAGAUCAUAAGGGUGCUGUGAGUGAUUCAAGUUCAAGCUCUGGCAACUCAGGUCUGAGCGACCAGGCCUAUGGCAUUCUCGUCCAGCAGAACCGAGUAAUGGAAGAGUUCGUGAAACAGCAGCAAAGGAACUUGUUGCCCAGGAGACGUGUACCUGUGUUCAGUGGAGACCCUUUACAUUACUGUGCUUUCAUUCGCGCGUUCGAGACCGUAAUCGAAACUAGAGAACUAGAUUACGCUGGGAGACUCUAUUACCUCGAACAGCACACAGCUGGCAGAGCUCAAGAGUUGGUACAAAGUUGCCUCUACAUGAAAGCCGAAGAUGGGUACGUAAAGGCAAAGAAACUCUUAGAGAGCAAAUUUGGACAGAAGCACAAAAUCGCUAUGGCAUAUGUGGAUAAAGUCACUAAUGGUCCAGUCAUCAAAGCUGAAGAUGCAGACGCCCUAGAAGGCUUUGCCGUUUUGCUCUCUAGCUGUACAAACACUCUUAAGGCUAUCGGCUAUUCCAGCAAGUUCGAAAGUCCGGAUAGCAUGCGGAAGAUUAUUGAGAGGCUUCCCCCGAAGUUGCAAGCCAGUUGGCGGGACAACGCUGAUCGGAUCCUCAACUCGGAAGCGAGAGAUGUCUGCAUUGAUGAUAUUUCACUCUUCGUUGAACAGAAAGCUCGCACCUUGUCCAAUCCAGUUUUUGGCAAGCUUCCUUGUUUGGAAAAGGAGAAGAAGAACAGCAAGGAUAGGGGUUCGAGAUCGAAGUCUGAGAGACCCGGUGGAAAACAGCUAAGCCUCGUCACGAUUUCCGAGACGAAAUCUGCUCUCAAUUCAUCUGCUGAUGUGUUGAGUGCAGUUCAUUCUUCUAAGAAGAACUGUCUGUUUUGUAAUGCAGAUCACAAUCUCACCGAAUGUUCCAGUUUCGCCAAAGUACCUCCUACAGAUCGUCAGGAGUUUGUCAUGAAGCAGAGGCUAUGCUUUUCGUGCUUAGGUGGAGGCCAUCAGUCUAGAAGUUGUCACAAAAGGAAGCCCUGUAUUCACUGUAAUAAGAGACACGCUACUGUAAUGCAUGUAAGUGCGCCAGAAGCUAUUGUUGCGUCCGACCGUGGUAAGGAUGGACCUCAGAGCGAGAACAACCAGUCCAGUACUGAGAAGAUCAGAGCUGAUCACUUUUGUGGCCUAACCACAAUGGAGGGUUCCGUGACUGCAUUGCCCAUUGUUGCUGUGAAGGUCAAAGUCAAAGGAAGUCCUCGGUCCGUGGAGACCUAUGCGUUGCUGGAUAAUGGAUCUAACACCACCUUUUGCUCGGCUAAUCUGUUGAGACGUCUGAGAGUCUGCGGCAAGGAAAUGAGACUCAAGCUAACCACCAUGGAUAGCUGCAACGAUGUGGACAGUCUCGUUGUUACGAACCUGGAAGUGGCUGAUCUAGACGAGAACGUUGUCAUUUCCUUGCCAGAAGUUCUUUCCCGACCUUCUAUGCCUGUAGUGAAAGAUGAGAUCCCGAAACAAGAGGAUGUGGAUCGAUGGCCGCACCUUCAAGGCUAUGUAUACCUAGCAGAAUUGAAUUCCGAGGUGGAUCUAUUGAUUGGUGCAAACGUACCUGAAGCCCUACAACCGAGAGAAGUUGUCCCUGCCUCUGAUGGGGGUCCAUAUGCAACUAGAGUUGAUCUUGGCUGGGUUAUCAAUGGCCCAACUGGAAGAAAGCAAAAGUUUGUCCCAUCUUCUAGUUUCUUCGUUAACUGUAAGGAGACUCAUCCUAUGUGUAUAGCAUGUGCUGAUUUUGCAGAUGCCACUCUUUCCGAUGGUUUAAGCAUGUCUAGGGAUGACUUAAAGUUCAUGAACAUUGUAGAGGAUUCAGUUAUGCAGUGUGAAGAUGGUCAUUAUCAGGUUUCUCUACCGUUAAGGGACCUCAACUUGCAGAUGCCAGCAAACCGGAGUCAAGCAGAACGCCGUGCCCUCUAUCUUAAACGUAAAUUCUCUAAAGAUGUGAAGUUUCGCGAGGACUAUGUUGCUUGUCUUGAGAAGGUGAUCGGUGACGGUUUUGCAGAAAAGGUUCCCCUGGAUGUCCUGGAGAGAUCAGAUGGUAAGGUGUGGUUUAUCCCGCACCACGGCGUUUAUCAUCAUAAGAAACCGGAUAAAAUACGUGUCGUUUUCGAUUGCUCAGCCCAUUCUCAAGGAACUUCACUGAAUGAUGAGCUGUUUCAAGGUCCUGACUUAACCAAUAAUCUGGUUGGCGUGCUGAUCCGUUUCCGUCAGGAGCCAGUCGCAGUCAUGAGUGACGUUCAAUCUAUGUUCCAUCAGGUGCGUGUCCCAGAAGUAGAUAGAGACCUCCUACGGUUCCUUUGGUGGCCCCGUGGUGACUUCUCCAAGGAAUUAGAAGAGUAUCGGAUGACC